AUGGCUUUCGCAGAGCAAUCACCUCACCGGCGGGACCUCUGUAGCCGCUCUAUCUGGCUAGCAAGGAAGAUUCGUUCAGACCUGACUGCUCUUAUGGAAUCUUAUGUAAAACAUCAGGGCCUGAAUAAAAAUAUCAGCCUUGACUCAGUGGAUGGUGUACCAGUGGCAAGCACUGAUCGCUGGAGUGAGAUGACUGAGGCAGAGCGACUCCAAGAGAACCUCCAGGCUUACCGUACCUUCCAAGGGAUGUUAACCAAGCUUUUAGAAGACCAGAGAGUGCAUUUCACCCCAACUGAAGGUGACUUCCAUCAGGCAAUACAUACUCUUACGCUCCAAGUUUCUGCCUUCGCCUACCAGCUAGAGGAGUUAAUGGUGCUUCUGGAACAAAAGGUCCCCGAAAAAGAGGCUGAGGGGAUGCCUGUCACAACUGGAAAUGGUGGCCUCUUUGAGAAGAAGCUGUGGGGCUUGAAGGUCCUUCAAGAGCUUUCACAGUGGACUGUGAGGUCUAUCCAUGACCUCCGUGUCAUUUCUUCUCAUCACAUGGGAAUCUCAGCACAUGAGAACCAUUAUGGGGCCAAGCAAAUGUAGCUGUUAACC